AUGUAUGAUGAUUUUAAGAAUUCCAUGAUGUUGGAAUUUGACAUGACUGAUUUGGGGAGGAUAAGAUAUUUUCUCGGGAUUGAAGUAAUACAAAGUUUAGAUGGGAUUUUUGUGUGUCAAAGAAAGUAUGCUCAUGAAAUUCUAGGAAGGUUUGGAAUGGAUAAAAGCAAUCCAGUGAAGAGUCCUAUUGUUCCAGGCACGAAAUUGUCAAAGGAUGAAGCAGGAACCAAAGUUGAUGAAACUUUGUUCAAACAGGUGGUUGGCAGUCUGAUGUACUUGACUACAACUCGACCUGAUUUGAUGUAUGGAGUGAGUCUUAUUAGUAGAUUCAUGUCUUGCCCAACUGAAUCUCAUUGGCUUGCAGCAAAAAGAAUAUUAAGGUAUUUGAAAGGUACAACUGAGCUUGGAAUUUUCUACAAAAAGAAUGGUUGCACAAAUUUGGUGGCUUACACCGACAGUGAUUUUGCUGGUGAUUUGGAUGAUCGUAGGAGCACUUCUGGCUUUGCAUUCUUACUUGGUUCUGGAGCAGUUUCAUGGUCUUCUAAAAAAUAG